GGCCUGAUUAAUUGCCUCGGCUGAUUAAGACUGGCGGAAAAAUCGUUGCAUAAGUAAUACCGCCUGGGCCAGCGAAUGUCAUUUGAAUUGGAUUUGGGAAUGGGAAGUUGAGGGCGAGCAUUUCUCUUCGCGGUGACCCACAUUUCUGCCGUAUAUAUAGUAGCCGCAGGGCAGAGUGUUAUCAUCAGUUUACGAGCUCAGCUCGCCAAUCCCACUUCGUUUAUCAAGUGCCAGUUCAACCCAAGCGGAACCGACAACAACAUGAAGGUUUUCAUCUGCCUGAUUGCCUGCGUCAGCCUGGCCCAAUCCGGAUUCAUCGGAGGUGGUGGCAGCGGCGGUUGGUCCUCAGGAGGUUCCGGAGGUUGGUCCUCCGGCAGUCCGCCCACCAUCGUCAAGGUCAUCAGCGAGGAGGCGCCCGCGCCUGCCUGGUCCGGUGGCUACUCCGGUGGUCAUGGCCACGCUGCCGAGGAGCUGAAGAUCAUCAAGGUGAUAAGCGAGGGCGGUCACUCCCACGGUCACGAUCACGGCCACGACCACGGCCACGGUCACGGCUCGGAGGUCAAGAUCGUCAAGGUCAUCCAGGAGGAGGACCGUCAUGGCCAUGGUCACGGAUACGACUACUCCAGCGGCGGCGGUCACCACGGAGGUCACCAGGCCGAGGAGGUCAAGAUCAUCAAGCUGAUCAGCUCCGGAAUCGCCGAUGGCGGUAGCUCCGGCUGGUCCUCCGGCGGUGGUUGGUCCUCCGGCGGUGGCUGGUCUUCCGGCGGCUGGAACUAAGAUCCCAGAGCCCAGAUCCCAGGAAACUGAUCCUUAGCAAUCCAGUGCCUUGAUGUCAACUCUUUUGUUUCUGUUGUUCGAGUUGUUUGGCGAUAUUGGCUCCUUUGAUGCUACGAAAAUAUUUUUAAGAUAGAGCACGCUUUUUGUGUGUGCGCUUAGGAACCAUUUGUUUUUUGU